UUGAAGACUCCAAAGAUGUCAUCUACAAUACCCUACCUUGAUUAUUAUAGCUAUGAAAGCUAUGAUAAUUAUAACUAUACUUAUUUUUUUUCCUUAUGUGAAAAUAAUGAAGCCAUCUAUUUUGGAGAAAUUUUUACACAAGUCUUGUACAGCCUUAUCUUUAUUUUCACCCUGAUCGGCAAUAUUUUAGUUUUGUGGAUCCUGAUGAGAUAUGAGAAGCUGAAAACUACAACAGACAUCUUUAUUUUGAAUUUGAUCACCUCUGAUCUGCUUUUUGCCUGCUCACUUCCAAUCUGGGCUGUGGAUCAUACACACGGAUGGAUCUUUGGCAAGGCCAUGUGCAAGAUAAUGAGUUCGAUUUUCUUCGUCAGCUACUACAGUGGUAUCCUGCUACUGACAUUGGUGACUGUAGACAGAUACUUUGUGGUGGUUUGUCCUCUGACUGCUGUGAGAACCAGAAAGCUCUCCUAUGGUGUGGUAGCCUGUUUGGUAGUUUGGUGCAUUAGUAUCUUAGCCACAGUCCCAGAAAUGAUAUUUUCUGAUGUUGUACAUUGGAAUGAAAGCUUUUCCUGUGAAAGUAUCUAUCCAAAGGGGAAUGAACAAAUAUGGCAAUUGGUGCAAUGUUAUCAACAAAAUCUUUUGUUCUUCUUGAUCCCCUUUGUAGUUAUUGUGUAUUGUUAUUACAGGAUUCUUAACACUGUUGUUAAAUGCAGAGCUCGGAAGAAAUUCAAAGCAGUGAAGAUUAUCUUCUGUAUUGUGGCAGUGUUUUUUGUUUGUUGGGCACCUUAUAAUGUGGUCAUCUUCCUGCUGUCUUUGUAUGACCUCAAUACCUUAACAGUCGUUUCUUGCGAGUUCAGCAACCAUCUCUAUUUUGCAUAUUACAUUUGUCGGGACAUUGCUUAUUUCCACUGUUGUCUUAAUCCCUUCUUUUAUGCUUUAGUGGGAACAAAGUUCAGGAAACAUUUAAAGAGAACGAUAAGCACAUACCUUCCUUUAAAAAAUAUCAAUAAGCAAUCGAAGUACAGUCUCAGAAGUCGUCAUCUGAGCAAUUCACAUGACUAUUCUAAUUCUUCUGGCUUUAACACAAUCUAAUUCCUAACUUGUUAAGAAACCAGUACAAGAUAGAAUUGGCCAUUUACAGAAUGAGAUUUUGUAUGGUCAUUUACAAUGAGAUAGAUCCAAUCGAACCAUUUACAGCUCAGUGGAUCUAAACUUGCCAUUUACAGUGAGAAAUUCAAAUGUACCAAAUUAAGUGGCAUAGAACCAAUAUAACUAAUUAAAGUUAGUAAGAUUGAAUCCAAUCAUCCAUUCUGAGUUUCAUCUACUCUGGCCAUUGAUAGGGUCAAGUAACCCAUUCAAAUCCAUUACAUUUCAAUAAACACCCAGUCCUUGUGAAAUAUAUUCACACCAACUGCUACAUAUUUAGUUUGGUCACAGAGCUUACGUGGAUAGGUCAGCAUUGGCUUAGCAGCAGCAUAUUUGUUUCUAAAUCAGAUGGUUAAGGGUUCCAGUUCCAUUCCAGACAUGAGCACAUAAUCCAGGUUGAUUCUCAGUACAAUGCUAUAGUGUAGUGCAGAGUGGUGCUGCAUUAUCAGAGAUGUCAGUCUCUGCAGGAGACAUCAAUCCAAGUCCAUGUAUCAUUUCAGAUGGCUAAAUUUUUGAGUAACAGCAGGAGAGUUUGCCAGUGGCUGUUCGAUACUUAUCUUUCAAACAUGAUUAAAGCUGAUUGUAUAUGCAUAUACCUCAUUGCAGCUUGUGAGAACUUGCUGAGGUAGUUUGGCUGCCGUGUUUUUCUUUAUUACAACAGCAUGUGAUUGAUCAUAAUACUUUUGAAGCCCUUGUUUCUUGAAGGGUCAGAAUCAGGAUCAGGUUUAUUAUCACUGACAUAUGUCAUGAAAUUUGUUGUUUUGUGGCAGCAGUACAGUGCAAGAUGUAAAAAUUACUAUAAGUCACAAAAACAAAUAAAUAAUGCAAAAGAGGAAUGGUGAGGUAGUGUUCAUGGACUAUUCAGAAAUCUGAUGGCAGAGGGAAGGAAGCUGUUCCUAAAAAAUUGAGUGUGGGUCUUCAGGCUCCUGUACCUCCUCCCCGAUAGUAGUAACAAGAAGAGGGCAGGUCCUGGAUCAUGAGGGUCCUUAAUGAUGGAUGCCUCCUUCUUGAGGCACCACCUCUUGAAGAUGUUCUCAAUGGCAGGGAGGGCUGUGCUGGAGCUGGCUGAGUCUACAAGCCUCUUCUGAUCCUGUGCAUUGGAGCCUCCAUACCAGGUGGUGAUGCAACCAGUCAGAAUGCUCUCCACCAUACAUCUGCAGAAAUUUGCAAGAAUCUUUGGUGACAUGCCAAAUCUCCUCAAGGUAGAGCUGCUGGCGUGCCUUGUUCAUGAUUGUAUCAAUGUGUUGGGCCCAGGAUAGAUCCUCUGAGAUGUUGAUGCUCAGGAACUUGAAGCUGCUCAUCCUUUCCACUGCUGACCCCUCAAUGAGGACUGGUGUGUGUUCUCCUGACUUCGCCUUCCUGAAUAUAAAUAUAAAUUCAAGUCUUAUGGAGUCAGAGUCAUUGAGUCACAGAGCCAGACAGCACAAAAAUGUGUCAUUCACACCACUAAAACCACGUUGACUAGUGGGUAUUCAUUCGUAUUAAUCCCAUUUUCCAGAAGUUGGCCUGUAUGCCUAGGCAACUCAAGUGUUCAUCUAGUUCCUCCUUAAAUGCUGUCAGCAACUCUGCUUCCACCACUCUCUCAUGCACUGUAUUCUAGAUAUUCACCACUCUUUGGGUAAAAAGGAUCCCCCUUAGAUCCCCUCUAAAUCACUUAUGCCUUAGCCUAAAUCUAUGUCCUCUAGUUUUGUCUACCUCAGAUAUGGGGAACAGUUUCCUGCAGUUCUACCCUAUGUAUACCCCUCUUAAUUUUAUAUACCCCAGUUAAUUCUCCCUCUUAACCUCUUCUGAUCCAGGGGAAGCAAACCUAGCUUUUCUAGUCUCAUCCUGGUGACUCUUCUCUGCAGUGUUAUCUUUUGAAUUCAGUAGUGUCAGUGAAAGGAAUGAAAGAUAAGCAAAGAGAGAGAGGGAAACAUAGACAGAGAAUAAUAUAGAGGGAAAAAUACAGAGAGACAAAUACAGGGAAAGAAAGAAUGAAGAACUAAAUGUUUUGAUAGCUAGUCUCUGCAGUAAUGUAAAAAAAAAUCCAAAGAUGAACUGAUCCCAAACUAUCAUGUGGCAACGAAUCAUUAUGCAUUCCAAUAUCUUUCCCCUACCAAUCAUGCAACCUUCAAAGAAAGAAAUAAAAUUAUGAAAAUCUUAGGCAAUUCAGGGGAAAAAAUUCUGGUUAAUUACUCUUUGAUUCCUAUCACGAUAACAGCUUUAAAUUAAAAGAUCUUUCUAGGCCCCCUCCUUUGAAUGCAUUUUGUGUAUGUUGCAACACCCAGCAUUCAUCAAAGGACCAAAAAUGGAUACAUCAAUUUAGCUGGGUCAAAGCCAAUUCUUGUACAAGGCACCAUGAUAAAGGUUAUUUAUACUGGAAGGUGCUGGGCCUCUAUUCAUCUGUACAAUACGUUGUGCAGCAGAAACUCGUGUAUUAUAAUACUUCGUAAUUCUGAAGGAUUUUAAAAGAGGGGAUGCAGAGAAAAUGUUUCCACUUGAGAAGAGCAGGACUAGAGGCCAUCAAUAUAAGAUAGCUACAAAGAAAUCCAAAACGUAAGUCAGAAGAGACUUCUUUACCCAAGGAGUAGAAGGAAUAAGUGGAGGAUGGACAACAGUGCUUGAGGGAGGAUAGAACAGAGGGUACUGCUGAUAGAUUCAUAUGAGGAAAGACAGAGGAGGCUUAAGUGGAGAAUGAAAGAAAACAUGGGCUGGUUGGGCUGAGUGUCCUGCUUCUGCACUAUUUAUCCUAAUUAAUUCUAUGUAAGCAGAAUACCUCUUUGCAUUCUAGCCUGGCUGACCCUUCACUUCUGUAGUCAGCUGCUUUCACACUUUCCAUAAAUUGACUCAAGUGCUGGGAUGGGCUCUGCCCCACUCUACUCACAUGCCAAACUUACCAGGGUAAUAGGAUAAAGAUCUGUUAAAAUUUGAAGACAUAGAAUCACCAUACAAUUGAUAAGUUGUACGGUAACUCCUCUUUUAUUGCGUCAGUUGGCCUUCCUGAAAACUAAUCCUGAAAACUGAUCCAUAAAUGACAAACUUGCUGUACUUUCAAGUAGGUUUUUUGUAAGCUAAUUUUAUUUCAGUUUGACCAUUUUAAUCAUAAUACAGCAAGAUACAAAUGUUGCUAAAAUAUUGCCAUUUCAAGGUCCUACCUAGAGACCAGAGAAUAUAAUCAAGGUUAUAGUUAACCAUUGUACUGAAGGAAUGUGGCACUUUCAUCUCAUCAAAGUGUGCUUUAUCUCAUUAAACUGAAAUUAACUUUUUGUUUUUGUAUUGCUUUAUGUUAUGCUACUUCACUAUAUUUUAUUGAUUUUAUGGCAUUAACCAUUCACUGUCAUUAGUGCACUGCCUCUGUAAUUACAGAUCAUUGAAUC